UAAAAAGAAAUGGUGGAAAAAAGCUAUAGCCAGCAAAUAAAAUUCCAUUUAGACAUUUUAACGAUUUCGUUUUCGGACUAGGCGGUCUUUUUCGCCCGCACCCGUUCCCAUUCAUCUCUCCCCACUCCGAUUCCCAUUCUUGACUGUGUGUGUGUGAGUGUGUGUAAGUGUGGUGUGCGGGGUGAAUAAAACAUUAACCAGACAACGCGGCCAAAGCGGGCGAAAGCAUAAAAUAAACAAUACCAAUUUGGGGCUGGUCAGCUGGCUGAAGGAGGAAGUUCUCUAGUGGUGGAUGGGAACAAAAAAAAAACUAUGUACUUAGAAAUUAUUAUGUAUCCGCCGCCCAAAGCUGACGCAUUUUAACGGAGUGACAACAUAACAUAGAUAGAUAGAAGAAAAGAGAGACAAAAAAUUAUUCAACAUGUGCUAUAUUAUAAUCACAAGUGGGAGUCUAGUCUGGUUCCUUUGUACCCUGGUGGCGAAUAUGCUAAUUGCCACUGCCUUGGUCACACCCAAAUGGCUUAUUGGCCCGACAAGCGAUCAAAUGGCAAGACAAUCUUCGGUAGGAAUCAAUACACGGUGCAAAAUGAUGCAGCAACAGGUGACAACCACCUAUCAUUGUGGACGUUUCGAUCUGGAUGGCUUUGCCACUGAUAGCACCGUCUAUCCGAGUGAAUGGAAGGCAGCCAUGUUCUUUAUGUCUUUGGGUGUUGUUUUACUCUCGGUAACUGUAUUCAUGACUCUGGUCACCUGUUGCCGGCAAUCGGCUUUUGGCAAAAGCAUUCACAACAUGACUGCCUGUGCCCAGGUGGUGGCUGGCAUCAGUGCAAUGUUGGCUCUAUUCCUACAUCCUUUGGGCUGGCGAGCAGAACGGGUUCAACGGUUGUGCGGAACGGAUGUAGAACCAUUCUAUACAAACGAUUGCAGUAUAGGAAUGUCAUUCUAUUGCGGCCUAAUUGGUGUAGUUUUAACAUUUGCAGCUGCCGGUCUUAGCCUAACGGCGGAAUCAGCUAAUAUGCGCCAACGUGUUAGACGACGUGUGGAAGAGGGCAGCAAACUGGUCUGCAUUCCAUAGUUCCAUUUUCCGAAACUCAUCAUCUAUUCUCAUUUACAACUUGCUUAAUUUAAUUCUCCAUUUUAAACGUUAAACUCUAGAGUAAUAUAAAUAUAAACAGUUUUUUGUAUAUUCAA